AUCUCUCCAGUAUUCGCUCAGUUUCAGGGUACUCUUAGUGCUAGUGCUCCAGAAUUGGCAGCUUCUUUUGAACUAUCCACUGAGUUUUUGGUCAUACCACAUCCUGUUCAGUUCGACAUCUUAUGUGAACAUGGUGUGUAGUCACUGUCCAAAGUUAGAGGAGUCGAACACUUUGUAAGGUUAUUAGCUGUGCUCUGAGCUUUGGCAGACGGUUGAGCAGAUAUGGCAGACAGGGUGCACUUGCUGCCGUAUUUCUUCGGGAACAUCACGCGAGAGGAUGCGGAGGAUUACCUGCGUCAGGGAGGAGCGGGGGACGGCCUGUACCUGCUCCGCCAGAGCCGCAGCUUCCUCGGCGGAUACGCUCUGUCCGUGGCCCACAGUCGCCAGUUCUACCACUACACCAUCGAGAGGGAGAUGAACGACACCUACGCCAUCGCCGGUGGCAAAUCUCACAGAACCCCUAUAGAUGUGAUCGACUAUCACUCGCAGGAGUCCGACGGGCUCGUCUGUCUGCUGAAGAGGCCCUUCAACCGGCCCCGCGGCACCGAGCCUAAAGUCGGGCCCUUCGAGGACCUCAGGGAGCAGCUCAUCCGGCAGUACGUCAAACAGACCUGGAACCUACAGGGCUCGGCGCUGGAGCAGGCUAUCAUCAGCCAGAGACCUCAGCUGGAGAAACUCAUCGCCACAACAGCUCAUGAGAAGAUGCCCUGGUUCCAUGGCAAGAUCGACCGCGAGGACUCAGAGCAGCGGCUGCUCAAGAGCUCACACGUCAACGGCAAAUUCCUAAUUAGACAAAGAGAAAGCAACAGCAGGAACGUGUCCUACGCUCUGUGUCUCCUGCACAAUAACCAAGUCAUGCACUAUCGCAUUGAUAAAGACAGGGCUGGCAAGCUCUCCAUCCCUGACGGGAAGAAGUUCGACACACUUUGGCAGCUGGUUGAACAUUACUCAUACAAACCUGACGGCCUGCUCCGAGUGCUCACCGAGACCUGUCCGAGACCUGUCCUAGGUGCCACAGGUGGGAUUCUCUCCAGAAUCAAAUCAUACUCCUUCCCCAAACCUGGCCAAAAAAAGGCUCCAAUCGAAAACACAUAUAACCUCAGACCAAACCUGGACCUUCAUACAGAUGCUAUGCCGAUGGACACUCAGGUGUAUGAGAGUCCAUACGCCGAUCCUGAAGAGCUGCGGUCAACCACAGUGAAGCGGAGCGACCUGACUCUGGAGGAUGGAGAGCUGGGCUCAGGCAACUUCGGCACUGUCCUGAGAGGAGUCUACCAGAUGAAGAAGACACAGAAGAUCGUUGCUGUUAAGAUCCUGAAGAAUGAUGAUAAUAAUGCGGCGGUGAAGGACGAGAUGCUGCGGGAAGCGAGCGUCAUGCAGCAGCUGGAUAACCCAUACAUCGUCCGUAUGAUCGGCAUCUGUGAAGCGGAGAACCUCAUGCUGGUCAUGGAGCUGGCGGAGCUGGGGCCGCUGCACAAGUUCCUCCAGAAGAACAGACACAUCUCUAUGAAGAACAUCACCGAGCUGGUUCAUCAGGUCUCUAUGGGAAUGAAAUAUCUGGAAGAGCACAACUUUGUUCACAGAGAUCUGGCAGCCAGGAACGUGCUUCUAGUGACUCAGCACUACGCCAAGAUCAGUGACUUUGGACUCUCUAAAGCCCUGGCAGAAGAGGAGAACUAUUACAAGGCCAAAGGUCAUGGUAAAUGGCCGCUGAAGUGGUACGCUCCCGAGUGCAUGAACUACCUGAAGUUCUCCUCCAAGAGUGACGUGUGGAGCUUUGGAGUCCUGAUGUGGGAGGCCUUUUCAUACGGACAGAAACCAUACAAGGGAAUGAAAGGAAAUGAAGUCAUCCAAAUGAUUGAAAACGGAGAGCGAAUGUCCGCUCCAGCCGACUGUCCGGCAGAGAUGUACAACCUCAUGAGGAAAUGCUGGACGUACAAGCCGGACGAGAGACCUGGAUUUUCAGUAGUUGAACCCAGAUUGCGGCAUUACUAUUAUGACAUAUCUCAGUGAUGAUGAGCAAACAUGUACAAUUACACAAAACAGGAUUUCAAAACUGUCAGUCUGUAAGAGGUGGUCUAGUCAUUUUUGAAUUUUUUUCAUUGACAUCUUUCACGAUAAUAAAUGUUUUCCUUCAUCACAUUCUAAUUAGAUGAUUGACAGCAGUUUGUGUUGAAUCAUUUAAAGCAAUAACUCUUCUUGAAAUAUUCGUACUUCCAGGCUAUUUUUCUUAGAAACUUUACGAAUUGGAUUAAUAUGCAAAAAUGUGUUCAUUUUGCUUCUAAAAGCAUGUUUAGAAAGAACAUCAGUGUUUUGUGUAUGAAGCCAAGUCGGUAUUUGAGAUGUAUAACAGCAACAGUUAUGAAUACAAUAUGAACUCUCAUUCCUUUCUCUCACAUUUACUGUUUUUUUUUUUUUGUCUUCAUCUAAGUGCCAAAUUCUAUUUUUAUUUUAUUUUUUACAUCGAGUGUAUGGUUAAAAGGUUAAACCGGCUGGUAUCAUUCUCUGUGUAGACAGUGUUUACUUCUCAUGAUCAGGUACGAUGUAUUUAGCAUGUCAUCUAUGCAGCCUGAGCAAGGUCUUCUUCAUUAGUUUUCUCUGUAUAUGAAUUCAUUGCAUCUGUCAGCUUGAUUGAGUCGCUGCAGACUGAUAACUGAACAGCAUGGCAUGACACCUUCAGAUCUCGCUCUUCCUCACUUUGAUGAGAUCAAUAAAUGAUACUGAACACACUGA